ACUGCGCCAAAACUAUGGAGCUGCACUCAGCCUCAAAGUGCAUAGCCUUCUUCCUCCUCCCUCUACUAGCCAGCGUGCAUUACGCUCAGGCGCACCCUGGUCGUCCCUCGAUCCACUCCAUCUUCAGCUUCGGCAACUCGUACGCCGACACCGGCAACUUUGUCAAGCUCGCCGCGCCGGUGUUCCUGGUCAUGCCUUUCAACAACCUCCCCUACGGCGAGACCUUCUCUGGCCGCCCCACCGGCCGAGCCUCCAAUGGCCGCAUCACCAUGGAUUUCAUCGCCAGCGAGUUUGGGCUCCCUUUCGUCCCCCCGAUUCUCGGCAAAGAGCGUAACUUCACCCGCGGAGCAAACUUCGCCGUCGUCGGCGCCACGGCGCUCGAUCUAGCCUACUACCUCGAGAACAACAUCACGAGCGUGCCCCCUUUCAACAGCUCCUUGAGCGUGCAGCUCGACUGGUUCCAGAAGCUCAAGCCCACCUUGUGCUCAACGCCACGAGGGUGCAGAGACUACUUCAAGAGAUCCCUCUUCUUCAUGGGGGAGUUCGGAGGGAACGACUACACCUUCCUCAUGGCCGCCGGGAAAUCCUUCGGCGAGGUCGCGUCGUACGUUCCGAAAGUCGUAGGAGCCAUCUCAGCUGGCGCUGAGGCGGUGCUCAAGGAGGGAGCGAGGUACGUGCUGGUGCCGGGGCAGCUGCCGACGGGGUGCAUCCCCAUCGUCCUGACGCUGUACGCGAGCCCCAACAAGCGGCACUACGACCGCCGGACCGGGUGCCUGAGGAAAUACAACGCGCUCGCGCGCUACCACAACGGAGUGCUGUUCGAGGCCGUGUACCGGCUCCGGAUCAAGUACCCGGCGGCGAAGAUCGUCUACGCCGACUACUACGCGCCGCUGAUCGACUUUCUCAGGAAACCAAAGAAAUUCGGGUUCAGUGCUUCGUCGAAGCUCCGUGUGUGCUGUGGCGCCGGCGGGCCGUACAACUACAACAUGACGGCGGCGUGCGGGUUUCCCGGCGCGACCGCGUGCGCUAACCCCGCCACGCACAUCAACUGGGACGGCAUCCACCUGACGGAGCCGGCGUACGAGCGCGAUUUUUUGUCCAAAAAGACCCCCUGCCGAGAUGAAUUGCCAAAAAAGACUACCUCUGGAUCAAUUUGAUAAAAAGGACCCCCUCAGCGGUGGCGGCAGGCGCGGCAGGCGACACGUGGCACCUGCCGCCACGCCAGGAGGCAGCGGGCCCAGCCGCCACCGCCGGAGGCGGCCACCCAGCUAGAACGGAUUUCCUGCAGUGCGAGGCGCCGCGACGUAACGGGCGAGGCCAGGUGGGCCCUGCCACCACAGGGCGAGGCGGCCUCUCGUGCCCAUGCCGCGCCCAGGCCGACAGGCCAGCUGCACGCGCGACGAGACAGUGGGCCCGGCCGCCACCGGGUGAGGCGGCCGCGCUGCAUUCGGCCCGACAGCCGGUCCUGCUGCAGAUUAUUCCUGGCGCUGAUUCCGACGAAAACUUCCCUCAUUCCCACGCGCGUAAUGACGACGAAUUUCACGCUAUUGCAAACUGGGCUGAUUCCCACCCGCGGAGGACGACGAAUUUCACGGGCAGGAACUGUUGUGCCGACACUACAGGGAUGCUCCUCCUUUAUAUAGUAUGCGUAUGCUCCGUGCGCAAGCACACUCUGCCCUCCUCUUCUACUCUUUGCGUGCAAGAACACAGAGAAAGCAAAACUCAUUACACAUUUCA